AUGACCAAGAUCGCCUCGCGCCUUCCCAAAUGGCCGCCUGUCCAGGCCAUACAAGGCGUGCGAAACAACCGUCUGCUGGGCUUCACCAAUAGCGACCAGCCUCGCCGCAUCAGCUGGGAGCGGUUCCAAUCAGUCAGCGCCCAAUACCGCUGGUUCAAGGCAGUUAACAGCAAAGCCGACCAGCACACUCUAGACAUAGCAAGCCUUCGCCCCUUCUCCAAGACCGUCGUGCCGCUCGAGUACACCGGACCCGAUCCAACCAACAGCUCAGCCAAGGUCUUCAGACGCUUCGAUGCCCCUCUUCAAGUCUUCCUCGACUACCUCGAGAAGCCGCCGCAAGGGAUACGCAUCUACCUCGCCCAAUGUAGCCUCAGCACGCUGCCGAAGGCGAUGCAAGCAGCUCUACCCAUGCCGCAGUUCUUAACAGACCACGCAGCCACGAAAAACGCAAACGGGAAGCCCACAGUUUGCGAUAUUUACGACAGCUCUCUUUGGAUGGGCCUGCCGCCUACAUACACGCCAUUGCAUCGUGACCCCAACGACAAUUGCUUCUUCCAGCUGGCCGGCAAGAAAACCAUACGGCUCCUACCUCCCAACACGGGGAGGGAUUUGUUCGAGAGGGUCAAGGAAAGGAUCGGUGAGGGCGAGGGCGAUUUGAGUGGGAGAAUAAGGGGAGAGGAGAUGAUGACGGGCAGAGAAAAGGACGAGUUGGAGAAGGAAGUGUGGGACACUGCGUACGAUCCGGAAUCGGGCGGAGUGGAGGCUCGUCUGGUGAGAGGGGAUGGCCUGUACAUCCCGAAAGGCUGGUGGCACAGUGUGAAGGGGCACGGAGAGACUUUCACGGCCUCGGUAAGCAUUCUUUCAUACAUGUCCGGCGCUAUGGAGACGCCCAUUCGUACUGAUCAUGCCCACAGGUGA